AAUGAUAGACAAUCCCAACUUCACUCAUUGGACAAUACCUCUCCAUGACUGGCUGGAAAUGCUCAGGGAGGGACGACAACGCUGGUCUACACUGGAUUGGAAGUCGAGCGCAGCGAUACAGGGACCACAUAUCUCCGGCCUUCACGGGAGGCUCGAGCUCGAUAAGGCAGAAUACGGGCAUCUCUAUUUCAAGAUGAAGUCGGGCGUCUAUUUUCGCGACACUGUUGGCCUGUGGUGUUUGAAGCUCCCAAAGUCACAUAGAGAACAGGGUCAAUGGAGGGAGUUACAAUUGGAGAAGCAGCUAUUGGCGUAUGGUAUCGCGAUUGAAGAGAGUGAUUUACUCGUCGUUGUAACCGGCGAUUCUUCCAAUGCCCCUUAUAUGGUGAUUCAACUUCGACUACUAAAACAUUCUACCCAUGAAACUCACCCAGAUGCGCUAACGCCCACUAUCGAAGUCUGCACUGACGAUACGGACGAGAAUGGCAACCCCUCGGCUAAUGUUGACAUUUGCGGGGCGAAUUUGGCAGUCUUCAUAGGAGGUACUGUGAACUGGGAAGGGUAUGUUUACAUCUUGGAUUGGAAAACCGGAGUCAAGAAAGGUGUAAUACACAAUGUGGACCUGAAAAUCGGAAUGGCGUUCGUGAGGGAAGAUUUCCUCCUCAUCGGCGAUCCCUUCACUGGAAGCCUCGACAUUUACCAUGUCGCAUUGCCCUCGGAUACGGCUCAACAGGAGCACGAAGAAACGCGAACUCGCUUCAUCCUCGCUCUCGGGCUCCCAUACGUCGACUAUAGUGAUGGGCUUUAUAGAUACUCAAUUUCCUUUAUUUUUGACGGUCAAGUCCCCCUCUCUGCCUCGGGAAAAACAGGCACGAGCCAGCCAUUUACGACCAAGCCAGCCAACUCCGUUGUCCUCGUCAAUAUUCAUAUCCGAAAUUGUCGCUCGAACAAGUUCCAACAAUUCACCCUGGUUGUAAAAUGGGACAAAUUAAUCGCUUUGGCGGAACGCGGACAUGCGGGAUACGUAGCCACCAAGACAGAAGAGGCGCUUUCGUGGACCAACUGGGCUGCUGAUGGUGUGACGGUCAUCCGGCACCAUAAUGGAUACCGUCGGAUAAGCUACGCAGGGGGAACAUGCUGUUUUCUGUGGUGGGGACAAAAUGCCUUCGAGCUGUUGGAUUUCAAUGUUCCUUUAACUCGGAAGGAGAGGACAAAAAGGGAGCUUCCUGACUACAUUACUGAAGGCAACAGAUUCGGAUACAAGGCAAUUGCAGGAACCGCAACUCUGUACGAGUUGCUUUACUUGGACCCCGACAUAGACAGCCCAUUCACCGACUCUAUACGCACUCCGAUAUCUCCUUUUUCAGGUCAUUCAAAAUCCGUCGAAAUGAAAGAUGGAGAGUUUAUCGACGACAUUUUCAUGGAUGGAGCGCGCAUCAUUGGCUUGGUUGUACGUUG